UGGGGGCUGCCCCAUCCUGGACUGGCUGCACGGGCGCAUGCGCCAAGGAGGUGCUGGAUCUCCGGGCAGAGAUGCUGUGGAGCAACCAUCAAAUCUGGAUGCGCAUCGACAACCUGGCUCAAGAAAACGUGGCACUGCGCUCCCUGAUAGUGAAGAACGAGGUCAACGCCAAGACAAGGCUGAUGGACCUGACUUACAAGCUGAUCUACUCCGGUGUGGCGGCCAGCAUUGGGACCGUCGUAUACUACUUAACACCCGCGUUGGAGUACCUGUGGUAUGAGAUGUUGCAUAAGCUUGCUGAGCGUGAGAGGGAGCAGGAGGAGGAGGCAGCACGCGCUGAGGCUGAGACAAACAAGCCACCGAAGGAGGAGGAGGGCAGCGGGACUAACAAGCCACCCAAGGAGGAGGAGGGCAGCGGGACUGACAAGCCACCCAAUGAGGAGGAGGUCGGAGGGCCUAAGCAGUCACUGAAGGUGGAGGAUGAUGGAGGGGUGAAUGCCAAAUCACCCAAGGAGGAGGAGAAGCACGGCAAGGCAGCCGAGCCACCAAAGAAAUGGGGCUUCUUUGGCUUGUGAUGUGAUCUACACUUUUGAUGAGUAGACAUUUGAACAAUUUGUAGUAGUUAAGUGCAACCA